AAUUUUUGGUUCUCUCUCUCCCGAACCAGUCUUCUUCCUUCUCAGCCGGCAGCCACCUUCUUCCUCUUUCUCCAAUCACCAUCACCACCAUCACGACCAUCCUCCUUCUCUCCUUCUCUCCCGAUCUUUCUGUUCUUUCAAAAGAAAAAAAAAAUCGCCACAAGCAAAUGUGGGAUUUGAGGGGGGGCGGCAGAGAACAGAAAAAAUUUUCAGAUCACCGCCUCCCUUCAUCCCCCGUUUUCCAUCAUCACCGUCACCAUCACCUUCUUCCUCUUUCUUCGAUCACCACCACCACCGGCAUCAUCGACCAUCACCUCCAUCUUCGGCUUCUCCAUCUUUCUCCGAUAUCUUCAUCUCCGAUCAUCAUAGAACAAAAAAAAUGAAAUGAUGAAGUCCAUUUUCAGAUCUGGAAGUUUGGGUAGCCGACAGCCUCGCAAAAGGGACAAAAACGCAGAAAUUCCUCCUCUUCCUGAACCAUUCCCGUGGCCCAGCACCCACCAUGCCGGCGAGUGAACAGCGGUUGGUUCGCGAUGGCUGUGUUCUUCACCCGAGGAUGCAGGGAUUUGGCGAAAUCUCAAUCGUCAUCCGACUGAAACAAAUCUGCAAACCAGGCUGUUUGGUAAGGCAGUUAAAAUUCAGAAGAUAACAAGUAACGAAUAGCGGAAGCGAGUAGCCGUUAACAAAUAAUGGACGCCGGACAGUGGAAGGUGGGUAAUGGAUGAGGGCUUUAGGGUAGAAAUGGAGGGGUUCUUUCGGUCAAGUCUGGUGUUGACGGCGGGGAAAAGGAGGGUUUUUUUUGGGCUGGAAGGGAACUGUGUUUGAGGAAGGAGAUUGAGGAAUUUAUCCUCGGUCGCCUAGGUAUAGUUCUGAACAGAGGAUUUUUGUUAGGAAAAUGGUGAAGGAGAUGGGGGAAGCUUGAUGCCAUGGGUGGGAUUCCUUCCAUCAGAUCCAAAUCUAUUUUUCUUUCAAAAAUCCGCCGUGCUUGUUUUUAUUUUUUUGUGGGAGUUUGUUUUCCUAGAUCUGAUGUUAAGAUUGUGUAUGUUUCGGUGGAAAAUGAAAGAAAAAUCAAAAAAAAAAAAAGUUGUUCGGUUUA